AGACAAACAGUCUUUGUUUAUCAGUCUCGAAGUCGACCACCUACCACGGGGACACACGAGAAAUCUGCUAUCUCUCAAGUACGAUGCUGCCCGCUAGCAACACCCUCUCAAGGGCAACUAGCAUCCUUUUCCAACGACCAACACGAAUUAGCCAAUAAACAUUAACGUACAUUUCCCUCACUUUCCGAACCAAAGCUUUUCUCAACGAAUCUGAUGCCUUCGCAUCUUUAGACACAUCCCAACGAGUCUUCCUCCGCAGCAGCAUCGCGACAAAAAAGUCAGUCUAUUACCGCGAGUCAACAUAUCACGAUCGUUAUACUUACACGGUUCGAGCCGAAUAAUUAUCUAAGCUCUCGACAUCUCGCGCAAUCAUUGUCCGCACUCGCAGCGCAUCUCGAAUCGUAGCUACCCAAGCUCUAUCUUAUAACCGCGCAUUCGCGAACCGAAUAUAAUCGCGAAUCCUGCGUCAAGUGUACUCAUUGACAUUAGAGUGAAUAAACAUUUAUCGUUCAAUAAAUCUGAGUUUUCCUUCCGACCCUAUCACGACAUACCACCUCAAAGUGGUGACCCCGACGUGAUUAUCAGUGAAAGAGGUGACCGUGAUAGUACUCGUGAAACGUAACACAGUGAAUCUAAAUCAGUUCGAAAUGACCAAUAACGCCCAUUCCGCACGUACGACGGCCGGCGGGGACAACGCAGACUCGAUAAACGCCCUUCUCCGCGUGCCACCGUUCUGGUCUGACGAUGUCGACUUGUGGUUCAAGAUGCUGGAAGUGCAGUUCGAAACUGCCCGGAUCACGAGUGACCAAGAAAAAUACCAGGCCGUCAUUGCGAAUCUCGACAAGUCGCACGCGAGAUUAAUUCGAGACGUAUUCGACGCCGCACCGGCGACAGGGCGUUACGCGUACGUCAAAAAGGAGUUCAUCAAGCGAUUGGGAGAGUCGGACGCCAAGAGACUCCGACAGGUAAUCGAAAACGAGCGAAUGGGGGACAGGAAGCCCUCUCAGUUUUACCGCGAUCUCAGAAGCCUAGCCACCAAUUCGUUAACAGACGAUGUCGUCCUCAUCGUCUGGGAAGGUCGACUUCCACCGCGCAUACGGAGCAUCCUAGCCUCUGUACAGAACAACGAUCCGGAAUCCCGCAUACAAAUUGCCGAUAACAUUUACGAAGCCACCCCAGAAUCAGGGCAGAUCGCCGCGGCCAGCGCAGGCCGACUACCUACGAUAACCCUCCCACCUGGCCAGAACAGCGGAAUAGGCGACGCCAUGGCAGCCUUGGUCAACUUGAUCACCGAGCGGUUAGCGCGAAUCGACGCCCAUAUGAGCGAGAUACGAGCGCUAGUAGCCGAGCAAAGAAGCAAUGAACACCGUAGGGCACGAGCACAAUCACGCUCGCGUACACAAUUCCGCCGCCGUUCGCGCCCUCGCGAUCCGCCGCGGCAAGACGGGCUGUGUUACUAUCACGCACAGUUCCGAGAAAGCGCGAGAAAGUGCACACUCCCUUGCUCGUGGAACUCGGGAAACGGGACCAGCCGUCCGUAAAAGCGGCAAACGACGACGGUUUGGCAUCUCGCCGCAUAUUCGUAACGGACAAGAACUCGCGGAUCUCCUACCUCAUCGACACCGGCGCCGAUGUUUGCGUAUACCCGCGCAACAAGCUACACGGACACGUGAACAGAAGCGAGUACGAGCUGUUCGCGGCCAACGGCACACGAAUCACAACAUACGGCACCGUCGCGAUCAACCUAAACCUGUCCCUACGCAGAGCAUUUAAGUGGGAUUUUACCGUAGCCGACAUCAAAACACCCAUCAUCGGCAUGGAUUUUCUAAGCCACUACGGGUUGCUCGUGGACCCGCGAAACAAAAGGCUUAUCGAUACGAUAACACAGACGUCAUCAAGGGGAUACACCGCCACAACAGACGAAGCGUCCGUCAAGACCGUCAUCGGCGAAUCACCAUACCACCAACUCCUGGCAGAAUUCCCGGACCUCACCCGCCCACCGAUCUUCGGAAAAGAGAGAAUUCGACACGGUGUGCUACACCACAUCGAAACUACACCUGGUCCACCAGU